CACGCGCCCGCCCGCACUCCCGGGAAGUCUCGCGAUGUCGUAGCCGGCUGCUCCCGCAGCGGGUGGCUCCGGCUGUUGCUGUGGUUGCCUGAGUUGCUGCUGCGGCGGCGGCGGUGGCGGUGGCGGUGCUCUGCUCGUGGAGGUGUGGGCCCUCGGGCGGAUGUUGACAUUGUGUUGUUGUUAUUGCGGACCGUAAUGGCGGCGGCGGCUGGAACCUCAUCUCCGGUGUAGCCGGAGCGCGGACAGCCGAAAGCGAACUCCGCGGCCUCUGAACCCGCGUCAGCGACUCCCCUAAAGCCUCCGCCGCCUCGCCUGCCCGCACCCCGGCUUCAAGCCCCUGGAGUCAGGCCCCCUUUGGGCCGGGGGCCUCGGAGGCUCAGGAUGGCUGAUUUCGACGAGAUCUACGAGGAGGAGGAGGACGAGGAGCGGGCCCUGGAGGAGCAGCUGCUCAAGUACUCGCCGGACCCGGUGGUGGUCCGCGGCUCCGGGCAUGUCACCGUAUUUGGACUGAGCAACAAAUUUGAAUCAGAAUUCCCUUCUUCAUUAACUGGAAAAGUAGCUCCUGAAGAAUUUAAAGCCAGCAUCAACAGAGUUAACAGCUGUCUUAAGAAGAACCUUCCUGUUAACGUACGGUGGCUACUCUGUGGCUGCCUCUGUUGCUGCUGCACAUUGGGUUGCAGUAUGUGGCCAGUUAUUUGCCUCAGUAAAAGAACACGAAGAUCGAUUGAGAAGUUAUUAGAAUGGGAAAACAAUAGGUUAUACCACAAGCUGUGCUUGCACUGGAGACUGAGCAAAAGGAAAUGUGAAACGAAUAACAUGAUGGAAUAUGUCAUCCUCAUAGAAUUUUUACCAAAGACACCGAUUUUUCGACCAGAUUAGCAUUUACUUUAUUUAUAGAGACUUUCCAAGUAUGUUGUCUUUCCAAUGGUGCCUUGCUUGGUGCUCUCCUGGUGGUGACAUAACAUUGGUUCUACAGAAUCGUGUGGUGUUUUUUUUCCCUCGUUUUUUUUUUUUUUUUUUUAAAUAGCCGCAUGUUCUAAGAGUGCAUUUUUGUCAGACUUUGAAACAGUUAUUUCAUACAAAUGUUUAAUACUUAAGUUAUUGUGCUCUUUUCUGUUAUGUAUUCUGAUUUUCAAGGAUUACUUUUUGUAUUAUCAAAAAAAAUACAUUUGAACUUAGCAUAAAAAGUGGCCAGCCUUUUUUAUUUUAUCACUAAGGAACUCACAGUCUUGUAUUUAUUAAUUCCUUAAUAUUGAAAAAAACACCUUUGUAGGGCUCUAUUUAUCUAUUCUAGCAAGCACACUGUAUUAUUUUUCUUCCUUUUGCAAUUUAACAGUCACUACUUAAAAAUGUAAGUUUUCUUUGAUAACUUUUUGGAAGUUAGCAUCCUUUCUCAUACAAUGCUUUGUUUAUAACAGAAGUAUCUGUGACUCUAUGAAGACCUAUCAAAAAGUUUGAAAGUAUUUCUGUUUUCAAAGGUAGCAAGGCAGAGUUACAUUAUUUUUAUUAGAAUAGGCAAAACCAAUGAAUAGUAGGCAUGUACCUAAUGGUUACUAGAGCUCAGGAUCACGAAAUACAGUAACAUCAGUCAGUGUAUUUUUGACCAAGAUGAUACUAAUAAUGGCCUUACUUGGGUUAUUUUUAUUGUUUAUCAAAUCUUACAUGCAAAGAUAGGGAAAUAUUCCUUUUUUAAAAGUCUUAGGUAAACCAGACAUACUUGUAGAAUGGGUAUAGUUUCAGAACAGAUUAUUACUAAAAAAUGAAGGGCAUACUUAGUACUGUUUUAAUGCACUAUUUGCUUUCUUCAGACAUGUUUUUGACUAAAUAUGAUAUAAAAGUGAAUCAAAUCAACUUGUUUCUUUUAAAUACAUAUAUACAUACAUAACUUUUUUCUUUCUCUUUUUGUUUGUACAUAUCUCCAUGCAUUUUAAAGCUUCUUAAAUUUCUGAAUUGCUUACGUGUAAAUUUUUGUUUUUAUAAGCCUGAAGUUAUACAUAUUUUAAUGUUACCUUGUUCCAUACAACUGUGGUAUCGAGCAAUAAUGUGAAUAGUUUUUGAAAUUAUAUAAACUAUGCUUAAUAAUAAUUUGUAUUAAGAAUUGGUACCACUAUACAUUGUUUUCUAGUAUUAAAUCUAUUAACAGUUUCAUUAGUUUACAUACCUGUAUUUUUUAAAAAGUAUUUCUUUGUACUUCUCUAAAGUACUGUAAUUCUUAUAUCAAUUUGAAUAGUUGAAUGCCUGUAGCUUAUAACCUAUGUUAUGACUUUCUGACAACCCAGUAUAUCCUAUAUUGGUCAUUAGGAAUCAUUUAUGAAAGCUGAGGGUUUUUUUUUUUUCAGUCUGAGAAUAACUUAUUUACAACCCCCCCCACACACAUACUUAACUUGUAUUUAUAAAGCAAUUUUCCUAUGAAAAGCUCAAAGUAUAAAGUACUCAAACACUUAUUUUCUUUACCCUUUGUCUAGGGUGUGACCUGAUACCUAAAAGUAAUAUUAUUGAAAAGUAAUGCUAUUAAAAAACUUGAAUACUCCCUUUUUGCUUCAUUAUAAGAAAUUACUGUAUGGAGAAUAUUAAAUCUGCCUUAGCAUUCAGAAAGAGCAGAAUAUGACUGUAGAUGGUGCAACACUUUGUUCCAGUCCAAAACUUCCUAGUUUGUAGAGCACCAUAUUAAUCAACUUUAUCAGAAAAAUUGGACCUAUGUUUAGGUAUAACAUUCUCCUGGUGUUAGUCUUCUGUAAAUUGUGAUUUUAAAAUAAUUACAUUUCCAUAAGAAUAUCUUAACAGUAAGAUAAUUUGCAUAACUGGUAGUAUUAAGGAUUUUAAAAACUUCCCUAGUUUUACAAAGAGGUGCAUCAGUUAAAGAUUCUCUAGAAAUGUGCAAUCUUAUAUUUCUAAUAUGUAGAAAAGAACCAUGAAUACUCAAUAUGUUGUAUUACCAUUAAGUCAGUUAUGCUUUUUGCAGUUAGAUUUCUAUGUCUAGAUUUUUGUUAAUAGCCCCUAUUAUAAUCUUUGGCUUAUCUUUUCUUGAAUCAUGAGUUUAUAAUACUGAAUAAUUGCUGAAAAUGUUGACGAUUCUCAUGUUGUGUGAAAUUAGUUCAAAGGAAAUAUUUAAAUAAUUGUUUUGUAACCCCAUACUUUCUGACAAAGUUUUUGAGACAGGUACUUUAAACAAACAAACAAACAACAACAAAAAAAACUGGCCAAGAAAAGAUAUUAUUAGUAGGAAACCUGGUACAUAGAUUUUGCGUAGGUUGAGUAUAUCUUAUAUCUAUAACUUUUGUUUAUACAUUACUGGCAUUGAAUAAUCAGCCAACCUUUCUUAUGUCAAAACACUCUUCUAUGAAAGAAUGUACUUUGUAAAUCCUAUUUAAUUUUAAUACAUGACUGACUUUCUGGGCUAAAAUACACACUCCAAAACCUAGUGACUUUAGUAAACUGAAGCAAUACAUUUAAGGUUGUUUCUAGGGUAGAUAUUGCUCCUACUUCAAGAGAGGGUUACUUUACCUACAAAACAAAUUUAUCAUCAUAUGAUUUAUUAAGGCUUUGAAAAUAUUCCCUUGUGUUGCUCUUGUUGUUUUAUUGUUGUAGUUAUUAUUGAUGUCAUUGUUGUUUUAUAGGACAGAGAGAAAUGGAGAGAGGAGGGGAAGGCAGAGAGGGGAGAGAAAGAUAGACAACUGCAGACCUGCUUCACCACUUGUGAAGCAACUCCCCUGCAGGUGGGGAGCCAGGGCUCAAACCAGAAUCCUUGAGCUUUGCGCCACGUGCACUUAACCCGCUGUACUACCACCUGACUCCCUUAUUAAGGCUUUUUAAUGACUAGGUUCCAAUUCAUGUGAGGCACAAGUGGCAAAUAUCUGGCUUUGUAGCCUUCAAAAUCAUUUGGUCUGGCCCUGCCAAGCAACUGUAGGUGAGAUUGAACAUUCAGUAAAUAUAGGAACCUUUUUCAUAAUGACAUUAAGUGCUAAUUUAAAAAAACAAACAAACCCAGAUUUAUUUAAUUACUGGAGACAGAAAUCAAUAAAGGGGAGAUAAGGAGAAAGAGAUGCCUGCAGCAGUGCUUCACUGCGUGUGAAGCUUUUCCCUUGCGGAUGGGGACCAGGGACUUGAACUCUGGUCCUUGUAACAUGUACACUCUACUAGGUGCACAACCACCUGGUCCCAAGUGCUAAUUUCAAAGUUAAUAAUUUUGUAUAGUCCACAAAUAUCUAAAUGGCCCUUGGCAGGGAAAAAAAAAAAAGCUUCCUUACUCCUGACUUUAUGUUUUAUGUGUAAUUUUGGUUCAUUUAAAGUGUUCAGACCUUGAGUAAUAAAUAGUAAGCAGCUAUUUCCCUUUCUUACUUGAAAAUUUAGUUUAAUAAUUUCUUGUAAUGUGCUUCUAAUGGCUUCUCUUUUAGUUUGUCUGAUUACUUCUCUCUCUCUCUCUUUUUUUACAAAAGCAUUGAUUAGCUCUGGUUUAUGGUGGUGCAGGAGAAUGAACCUAUGACUUUGGAGCCUCACGCUUGACAGUCUGUUUGCAUAAUCAUUAUGCGACCUACUCCCCCCCCUCCUGUUUGCUUCUUUAAACUAGUAGAUACAGGUCACAGGCAUAAAACUUAGACAACACACCAUAUCAAUCUUUCAUUAUAAGGGAGUGAUGUAUAUAGUUGGGCAUAUAUAGUUCAACCCAAGUUGCAUGAGUUCAAACUACUUGAGUUGCAUUUAACAUCAUAUAUGUACAAGGACUGUUUCAACUUUUAUGCUUGACAAUUAUAAUCUUCUUCAUGCCUGAUGUUUCACUGUAAAUAUUUACAUUGGCUCAACUGUAGUAUAAAAUCAAAAGAAGGGUAUUUUUAAAACUAUUUUUGACUGAAUUCCAGCAUCUAGACCAGAACCCUCUUUCUCCUAUUCUGAAGCACUAUGGGCCCUUUUGAUGCCUUCUUAAUGUGUAUACAAUUUUCACCCAGGCAUGUCUGUCUUCCUUUUCCAAAUUUCCCCGUGAGAAUGUUAAUUCUUUUACAUUCUUAGCGAGGUGUUUUCAAGACCAGUUAAAGUCAGUCAGUCACAGUAAAUGAAUGACUGGUCUGAUAGUCUCAAUUUUAUUAAAGUAAUACUUCCAUUUCAAUAAGAGUUUCUUUAUUCAUUCCCUUUUGUUGCUCUUGUUUUAUUAUUGUAGUUAUUGUUGUUUUUGAUGUCGUUGUUUGAUAGGACAGAGAGAAAUGAAGAGAGGAGGAGAAGACAGAAAGGGGAAGAGAAAGAUAGACAACUGCAGACCUGCUUCACUGCUUGUGAAGUGACUCCCCUGAAGGUGGGAGCCAGGGCUCGAACCGGGAUACUUACUCUGGUCCUUGUACUUUGCUGCCACGUGCGCUUAACCUGCUGCACUACCGCCUGACUCCCUCAAUAAGAGUUUCUUAACUUAGACUUCCAACUGCUUUGACUGUUUAGCUGGUUUUUUCCUUCUCAACAAGCCCUAACAGUCCAGAAUUGACAGGGAAGGAGUAUGAGGAUAGUUGUGUAUGGGGCUUCUCAAGCUGUCAUUUCUGAAGAAAGUCAGUUUUGUAUCUGUUAUUAAGAUGAAAACAGCAGGUUCAAAUCCAAUCCUAAAUAUACUACUAAUUAUUUCAGUGUGUUCAGUUAUACUGUUCAAAAGAAAGUGAAGUGACUUAAUUUCUCAUAGACAAGAUUUCCAGCUUUGUGUUGUUUUAGGAAUAUACUAAAUAAGUUGAGAUUUGAAGAUUUGUCUUUUAAUCUUUGAGUUUUUAUGUUCAUUACUUUUACAAAUACUUUCAGAUAUUAAUUUUUAAAAGAAGCCUAAUUAUUGCCUGUAUGAAUAGUCAUAUUUCAGUACAUUUUUUUGUAAUGGGGAGUCAGAUGUCCCCCAUUAUAAAUUCAAUUAACAAAGAUUAAAGCCUUAAUAGACAAUAUAGAAAAUAGAAAUUCAGAAUGCUAAUUCUGAAUGAAUUUUGAGUUCUUCCUGAUACUCUAUAAAAUUAUUUGACCUUUUUAUUUUACUUACAUGAAAGAAAGAUACUGUUACUACCUCAUUUUUCAGUUAUUUGCUUUGCUGUCAUUUAUUGAGUUCUGUAUAAAACUUAGUAACUACUUGUUUACUAGUAUUGAUUGAGUAGUAUUUUUAUACUUGCUUAGUGCCAGGACAAAAAUUGAGUUUUUAUCCAGUUUUGCACUUUAAAUGAAUGAGGUUAUUCUCUGUGUGUUUGUGUAUUUAAGAGUUAGAUGAGCAUUAAUAUAGAGAAAAGUUUCUUUCUAAUGGGGUCUUUUAACACACAGUAAUGUUUCAGAUACUUUUGCAAAAUCAUGCCUUUUACCUUUUUCUACUUUAUAUACAUGGUUUUCUGGACUUGAGAAUCGACCGCUUUUUUUUUUUUAAUAAAAAUAAUUUCUAACUCUUUCACAGAAAUAUGUAAAUGAAGUAAUCUCUCUAGACACUCAUAAUUUUGGCAGAUGUUAUAUCAUCCCAUAAAAAUGUUAAUCUUCAAGAGAAGAUGUGAUAUCCAUUGUUUUGUCUAUUCCUUAUUGAACCAUAACAUGCUUUCAGAUGACAGAAUUUUCUCUCCUGCUCCUUUUCCUACUGGUUUCUUAAUUCUUAAAAGCUGGUUCCAAGUUUUAACAUAAAUACUGCAUACAUUUAAAGAGUUCUGGAAAGAAACAACAGUAUUCCUUAAAAAAACCUUUUGUACUAAAUAAAAGCCCACCUUCAAUUCUUUUA